CCCCACGGCGUCGAUUAGGGUAAGCAACAACCGCAACGUUCGCAACCCGCGAAACUAACCUCCCUUCCUGCUCCCACCCUCACGCUUUUCAAUUCCAUGCGUCUCUCGGUUCACCCUUACAAGUAGAGUAUUGGAGAAGAUUGUGUCGGUUUUUGCUCCCGCUCACUGCAAAGAGUUGAACGCACUCGCUUGGGACUGCUGUAGUAUUUACGUAUUUUCUCGAACGGGCAUUACGCUAGUCUUGCCGUAUUGGCACGUUUUCUAGAAGUUGUGUUUUAUUGUGUGGCGAAGUAAAGUGAGAAUUGGGCGUAAUGGCCGGAAGGUCUUGAAGGGUGGCAACUGCACCCGUGGAGGAACACUCUUCCAGGCUAUCAAUGGGCGAACAACUCCACACGGUGGGUGGUGGAAUCGAGAACUCUCGCCCUCCCUCGACGAGAGCACGGCCGGUGAAAGAAGCAAGGCCUGGAGUGACGGACACAUUAACGGUGAACCCUUCGGCCACCGCCAGGGCGGCGAAGUAUUUCGCUCCCGCCGCCACCGCCGCCGGCCCAUCCUCACGGAAAAGCAUCCCACCAACCCUUCCCCCGUCCUACUCCUCUUCGGUGGUCACCGCCGCUACGCGGGCACAAGUUGACGAAAGCAGCAAGCCCUUGAACUCCGCUCCUUCCCCUUCCCCCCCGAUUACCCUCAAACUACCCCCCGCCCCCGCCGCCGCCGGCCAUCACCAGGGCGUCACCGACACGGCCACCCUCAAGGAACGCGCCCUGCUCGAGGCCAACCCGGCGCCGCCGUCCGCUUCGUCUUCGACGACCGGAGCCGCUCCCGCGCCUGCGCCUUCGGCGGUUGUUGCAUCCACGACCCCUUCCAACGGUGGUGCCUCCGCUCCAACCGCCGAGGACGCGGUGGUUGCUGCCGGAGGGGGCACGCAGACCGGAAAUGUGCCGGAGGCGGCAUCGGUGGAGGAGGCCGCCCCGGGGCCCUCCCCCUCAUCAUGACCAGAGAUUCUACCAUCAGGUCGUGACUGAUAACGGGGGGGGAUGAGGGGGCGUUCUGAUCAGGCGCGGUUUCUCGCUCGCGUUCACUGCAAGUUACAUGUUAUGUGGGUUUUAAAGGUGCGCGGGGCAGCACGUUUGCGAAGCUGUGACUGCUGGGCGUCCCCCCCAACCCUUUUUAUUCCGCGCUUUUCGCUGGCGUUUUGCGAGGGGGGGGGGGGGCAACUGGGGCGUUUAUUAGUUUUCCUUGUCGGCAGACUUUGCUGAUAUCGAUAUUUCAUGUGUAUAUAUCCACGCCCCUGCUGCAGUGGUGGAGAGGACCACCGUCGACGUCGAAUUACGAUGCCUCGCGACGCGUAGCCCCUAAAGGUGUUGCGCCGGGGGCGAAAGGGGGUGAGGCCAAAGUUUGUAGAAGGUGGUCGGCUGCUCGUUUUUGUCAUGUCUGCAGUGGUCAAUUUUUUCGGGUCGGUCUUGUUGGAUCGACCAAUUAUUCGUGGAUAGUUGUUUUUUGGCUGUCGUCGUCCACAUGUAGGUGCCGCGCCUGCUAGAGUCGGCUCGUUGUAAAGCCACCCACGAUAAGGUUUUAGAAAAAUGAAAUCAUCGAGAAAAUGAUAAGCGUGUAUCGUGGGGGGCACGGUUGCAUUUUGGUUUGUUGCCUCUCGGGGGCAGGGCGUAUUUGUAGACAGGUGGACGCGGUGUGUGUGGGGGGGCAUCCGGUUCCUGCGUGUUUCGGUUCGAAAGUGCUCGCCGAAAGUUGUAGGGGCGUUCAGGUCACACAAAGGGUUUUGACGUCGGAGCGGUUGCGGCCGACUGGGGCCUCCAGCGGCAGUCGAGAUACGUUCAAUAACACUUGUGCUUUAGGGAUUGCACGUGAUUGAAGUUUUUCGGGGAAUGUAUUCAUUCCUGCAGUGGGGGAGAGGUGGAGUAUCCUGGAUAGUUUUUUGUGUGUUUGAUAGUUUUUGGCGCGAUUUGGUUCUCCCCCCUCCCUGCCCCCUCACACACAAUUAUGUCCAUUCACACACAGAAACGAACGACUCUGACUUCGUUUUUGCUUGGGCCGAUGGGUGACCUUGAGCCGGUUGUCUCCUGUGUUUUUUCCUAGCGAGAGUUGUUCCUUUAGACCGACGCAGGCGCGACUGGCCGACAAGUCGUCGCCGUGGCUCGUGUACUUCGAUUGAUCUGCAGAUACAUGCGAUAGAUGCGUGCGUAGGUCGCUGCUGCUAAGAGUCUAUGUAGACGCCCGCGGCGAGAGCAUCUGCAAGUGUGGCCCGUUCUUGUCUGUUGUUCCGGGUGAAGUCGAGGGUUUUCGCUGGUGAAGCUCUCUCGUCUUUUCGUGCUUCAGAGGCCGCCAAAGUUGAAAAGACGUCGUCGUCAUUGUCGUCAUUUUUUUUUUUUCGGUGCCCGGGUGUAGAGGAGGCUGGCUGCAUCAAAGUGCGCUCUAGAAUGCGCGCAUGCUUGUGGGAAGGCAAGGGCGGGGGGGUCGAGAAUGUGAGACGGCGGGAGGGGGGGUCUGCGUGAACGUUGGCGUCUUCCUUCCCGGUGUGAUGUCUUGUUCCUGUGUAUUUAUAUCUUGUUUUUGUCUUCUCAUAAGUGGCACGUUUGUUUUCCGCGCUUCUGGCGCGCGUGUACGCAAGUGUUGUCUUGACCUUGGGCAGCUGCGUACAUACCACGGUUUGGUUCCACAUACUGACUGUCGAGGCCAGCGCCGCUGGACGAAGAAAGCUUGACGCUCGGCGAACGGUGUUUUCUGUGAUGUUAGGUUGCUGCACCAACCGUGCACGAGGGGAGAUGGCGCGCAGGGCUCCCCACGUCAUUUUUCCAUGAGAGUUUUGAUGUUGGACGCACAUACCAAAUACCAAAUAUACCUGUUUGUUGUUGCGCGAUGGAUACGCGAGGCGAGAUGAAGCGGUGCGUGUUUCUUCGUCCCUCUCCAAGUAUUGCGUGUAGGUGGGAGUGGGGCUUGUUCCAUGCAAAGGCUGAUUCAGGGUGAAAGGAGUGGUAUCAAGGCGUGGAAGGUAUCGCGUGCUUGGGGCUCGCCGAAUUUUGUGCUUCCUUUGUCGCUUGGAGAACGCCCGUUGAUCAACCGCGAUUUUUUUUGUCGUGUGUUCAGUUUCUUCCUUCCGUGUUGGCGACUUCAUGUUCGCUUUAGAAGUGGGGACCGCACUGGGAGGCAGUUUUUGGUGCGUUUCUUGCCAGUUUUUUUUUUUGGGGGGGGGGUGACAACGGUAUCUGUCAUACGCGUGAUCGGCCGGAAGUUUGCCUUCACAGCGCUCGGACGUGCGUUGUUGGUAGUUUUUUUACAUCACGGUGGCGUAUGUGAAGUGUUGGUUCUUGUCGGCUAAUACUGUGUUUUUUUGUGUCUUGCUCGACUCUCCGGCGGCGAGGUGUGGUCUGGUUGGUUUGUUGGGGCCGCCUUUAGUGUCGCAGCAGUAGUAUCACGGUACACAGCACCAACCAGUCGACUAUUGGCUUUCUCUACGCGUAUGAUUUCUUGUGUCAGCGCAAGGGAAAGCGGUAACUGCUGCUGCUGACCUUUUGCGCUCGUGGGGUGCCCCAGGAGUGCAUGUCGGGGUGGGGUGGGGGGUUCAGGGGUCCGGUGCGGUCAAUUCUUCCGCCCCUUUGUGGAGUUUCGGCGAGUGCGCGGGCCUGGGUGCCUCUUCGCAGUUAGUUGUGGUGGAAGUUCAGUCAUGUAUGCGCAGGUUGUGGGACUACUAGUACUGCAGGGACCGCCCCAACAUACCACCCAUGUUUGUUUUUCUUCUGGAUCAUGGGGGUGGUACGCGUCGUUUUUGAGAACGUUGAUCGAUAAUGAGCAAUAGACAUAAAAAACAAGAACAUUAUGAGGAUGGCUACUGAACUGGAUUCAUCCCCCCCGAAAACGUUGAU